AUGAUCAUUAAUAUAUUUCCUACCUUCUAUCUCCCCGCCCCAUUCUCCCGCUUUCCAUCACUCCGCCUCAUUCUCCCUCUUUCCAUCGCCCCGCCCCAUUCUCCCUCUUUCCAUCGCCCCGUCCCAUUCUCCCGCUUUCCAUCUCCCCGCCCCAUUCUCCCGCUUUCCAUCACCCCGCCCCAUUCUCCCGCUUUCCAUCACCCCGCCCCAUUCUCCCGAUUUCAAUCACCCCGCCCCAUUCUCCCGCUUUCCAGCAGCCCGCCCCAUUCUCGCGCUUUCCAUCACCCCGCCCCAUUCUUCCGCUUUCCAUCACCCCGCCCCAUUCUCCCGCUUUCCAUCACCCCGCCCCAUUCUCCCGCUUUCCAUCACCCACCCCCAUUCUCCCGCUUUCCAUCACCCCGCAUCAUUCUCCCUCUUUCCAUCGCCCCGCCCCAUUCUCCCUCUUUCCAUCGCCCCGCCCCAUUCUCCCGCUUUCCGUCUCCCCGCCCCAUUCUCCCGCUUUCCAUCACCCCGCCCCAUUCUCCCGCUUUCCAUCACCCCGCCCCAUUCUCCCGCUUUCAAUCACCCCGCCCCAUUCUCCUGCUUUCCAGCAGCCCGCCCCAUUCUCCCGCCUUCCAUCACCCCGCCCCAUUCUCCCGCUUUCCAUCACCCCGCCCCAUUCUCCCGCUUUCCAUCACCCCGCCACAUUCUCCCGCUUUCCAUCACCCCGCCCCAUUCUCCCGCUUUCCAUCACCCCGCCUCAUUCUCCCUCUUUCCAUCGCCCCGCCCCAUUCUCCCUCUUUCCAUCGCCCCGCCCCAUUCUCCCGCUUUCCAUCUCCCCGCCCCAUUCUCCCGCUUUCCAUCACCCCGCCCCAUUCUCCCGCUUUCCAUCACCCCGCCCCAUUCUCCCGCUUUCAAUCACCCCGCCCCAUUCUCCCGCUUUCCAUCACCCGGCCCAUUCUCCCGCUUUCCAUCACCCCGCCCCAUUCUCCCUCUUUCCAUCACCCCGCCCCAUUCUCCCUCUUUCCAUCACCCCGCUCCAUUCUCCCUCUUUCCAUAACCCCGCCCCAUUCUCCCUCUUUCCAUCACCCCGCCCCAUUCUCCCUCUUUCCAUCACCCCGCCCCAUUCUCCCUCUUUCCAUCAACCCGCCCCAUUCUCCCGCUUUCCAUCACCCCGCCCCAUUCUCCCUCUUUCCAUCACCCGCCCCAUUCUCUCUCUUUCCAUCACCCUGCCCUAUUCUCCCUCUUUCCAUCACCCCGCCCCAUUCUCCCGCUUUCCAUCACCCUGCCCCAUUCUCCCGCUUCCCAUCACCCCGCCUCAUUCUCCCGCUUUCCAUCACCCCACCCCAUUCUCCCGCUUUCCAGCACCCCGCCCCAUUCUCCCGCUUUCCAUCACCCCGCCCCAUUCUCUCGCUUUCCAUCACCCCGCCCCAUUCUCCCUCUUUCCAUCACCCCGCCCCAUUCUCCUGCUUUCCAUCACCCGCCCCAUUCUCCCGCUUUCCAUCACCCCGCCCCAUUCUCCCGCUUUCCAUCACCCCGCCUCAUUCUCCCGCUUUCCAUCACCCCGCCACAUUCUCCCGCUUUCCAUCACCCCGCCCCAUUCUCCCUCUUUCCAUCACCCCGCCCCAUUCUCCCUCUUUCCAUCGCCCCGCCCCAUUCUCCCGCUGUCCAUCUCCCCGCCCCAUUCUCCCGCUUUCCAUCACCCCGCCCCAUUCUCCCUCUUUCCAUCACCCCGCCCCAUUCUCCCGCUUUCCAUCACCCCGCGUUUUGGGGGUAUGGGCGCUCGUUUCGAGCGUUUUUCUUCCGCCGGACGACGGAGAUGGCGCGGGGUCUUCCGCGCGCCACCAGCCAGCGCAGGAGCCGCGCAGAGUGGGAUGCGGGAAGGGGAUAAACUGGCGGGACGGGGACUCGGACGACGAGCGGGAGCGGGAGGCGCAGGCGAUGCGCGAGGGGAAGAAGCGGCGGCACGGAGAAGCGCAGGGAGCGGGCGGAGAGAAGGAGGAGGAUGAGGAGGAGGGGAAGGAGCCAUUGGGCGAGUAUGAGAGCUACGCGCAAGACUGCAUCACCAUUCUGCUGGUGCGGGGAGUGGAGGAUGUGGAGAGGGAGGAGCGUGGCGAGGGCAGUGUGAAGUGCUGCCCUGAGUACGUGCACCAGAUGUUCGGGGACGAUGGCAUCGUGUACGGUUACAAGGACCUGCAGGUGGACAUAUGGAUGCAUGCAUGCACCUUCCUCACCUUCAUCGACAUCUCCUACUCGCAUGAAUUGCCCAAGACGAAGAAGAAGGCGAAGAAGCAGGCAAGCGAUCACAGGGAGCCUCAUGACAUCCAUGCCAUUUUCAAGUCGCUCUUCCCCCAGGGCUUCAUGACGUCAAGGGAGGAGUUCGUUACAGCCCUUCCUCUCCAACCCCAGCUCUUUCAGGACAUGGUGUCAAAGCACGCAACAGUGGAGCAGCCAUGGCAGCAGGUGAAGCAGAAAGGCAGCGGGGGAGAGAGCACAGAAGAUGGAAAGGAGGGAAGUAAAGGAGCGGCAAAAGCAGCAGAUAAUGGUGACAAAGGUGGUGGCGCUGCUGAUGAUACAAAAGCGGCUGCUGAGUGUGAGGUGGUAACCAUGGACCUAUCACAGCAGUGUGUGCGGGACUGGCAUGCGCGCAUGCAGCCUCUCGUCAAGUUCUUCAUUGACAACGGGCAGCCUAUCGACAGCACGGACCCUCUCUGGACGCUCUCAGUCGUUCUGCAACAACCCGCUGCCCCUUUCUCUUCCCCUCCUCUCUCUGCCACUGCUGCUGCUGCAUCUUCUCCCUCUGAUGCAAAGGCGGGUGCAGCAGCAUCAGUGAAGGGAGAGAGCGAGGUAGUGGUGGUGGGGUUCUGCACUAUCUACUCCUUCUACCACCACCCCAACAGCUCGCGGCUUCGUCUCAGCCAGAUCCUAGUGCUGCCACCAUACCAGGCCAUGGGGCACGGGUCGCGGCUGUUGAACCAGGUGCACGCCAUGGCAUGCCGAGUGCAUGCAUAUGACAUCACUGUGGAGGACCCAUCUGACGAUCUGCAGCAGCUAAGGGAGGCCCUUGACUGUGUGCGCCUGCUCGCCCUGCCUUCUGCUGCUGCUGCCGUGCAGUCGGCUGUUUCGCGAGUCACUGGGUUUGUUAGUGCUCGCUUGCCCACCACUGCCGCUCCUCCUGCUGCUGGUGAUAGUGCUGGUGGUGCUGGCGGUGAUGGUGGUGGUGGGGGUGAGGGAGAGGAGGAGAAGGAGUGCAAGGAAGGGGAGCAGGGCUCGGAGGAGAAGAAGCAAGAGGGGGGCAGAAAAAGCGAUGCAGAGGCAGGAGGAACAAAGGGUGGGGACGGAGGAAACAGCGAGGAUGGUGAGGAGGGCGGGGAGGAGGACGAGGAGGAGAGCAGCGAGGAGAUAACAGCAAUGGAGUCCCUGCUGGUGCUGCCCCACAGCAUGGCAGAAGAUGCAAGGGAGAAGCUGCACCUGAACAGGAAGCAGGUGGAGCGGUGCUGGGAGGUCCCAGUGACUGAUGCUGCACCAGAGGAGGGCAAGGAAGAGGGCAAGCGAAGGAUAAUCAGCGGAACAGGGGAAGGGAAAGGUGGUGAGAGUGAGCGUGAGAGAGUGAGUUCGGACCGGGUGGUUGUUGCUGGGGAUGGAAACUCCAGGAGUGUGGAGGUUUUCCGGAGUGUGGAGGAGGAUGAGGCGAUAAAGAAGGCUCUUUUGGAGCUUGUUGCGGAUAGGGAGGAACAGGUGGUGGCUGCAGCAGGUCUUGUGCAGAAAUUUCAGAAGAGAGUGGGGGUAGCAGAAGGUGCAGCGAUAGUUUCAGCAGGAGCAGGUGCUGCUGUGUGA